ACACCGGGCAGGACCCACGCCAAAAGUCAUUCCCUCCCUCGCUUGAACAAGAAAAAAAAAAAAAAAAAAGAAAAAAAAAAGGGGGAGAGGGAGAAAUGGGCCUUUGCGAUAGCAGUGGUCACAUCCCCCAGUAUCCACCCAAAAAUGGGGGAACAGGGCGGGAGGCAGCCCGCCCCAGGGCCCGGGGAGCCGCUGGAAGCGCGGCCGGAGCAGUGACGUCACCGGGUCUCCCGGUCCCGCCCCCUCCCCGGGUCGGGGGAGGGGUCACCGAGGGGGUUUCCUCGCGGCCCGGUGGGGAAGGCAUGGCCGGCGCGCCGGGGGGCCGCUGCUGCCCCGCCACUUCCUCCUCCUCCUCCUCCUCCUCCUCCUCCUCCUCUUUCUCCUCCUUCUCACCGGUGGGACCCCCCGGCCGCCCCAGCCCCAGCCCCUGCUCCUGCCCCGAGGCAGGGGGGCCCCUCACCGCCGCGGCUCCCAGGGGUCUCCCCAAGGGGGGUCCCCGUUCGGGCUCGACACGAGGCAGCGCCUCCCCCCGACGGCCGAAGCCGCCGCCGCUCGGGGCGCUGCGCGGUGCGCGUCGCGCUUCCCCCUGGCAGGGCCCGGCCCCCGGGGCACCGGCACGGCCGGGCGCACACACACACACGGACGGACACGCAGAGAGAUGGGGCUUGACGCGGAGAUCCCGGAGGUUCCGCCCCGCCGCCCGCCCGGACGGGCUUCCCCGCGCCCCCGCCCGCCCGGCCCGCCGCGCCCCGGCGCUGCCGGGGAAACUCACCGCCGCGCCGCGCAUCCCGCCGCGGCUACAACUUUCCAUCCCGGGCGGCAGCCGGCGGCGGCAGCGAGCCCCUCCGCCGCUGGAAGUGGGCGGGGGAGGAAAUACGAGGAGGAGGCGCGUCGUGCUCUCCGCCGCGGCGCCCCUUUUUUGGCCCGGGACGCGGGUUUUGCCGGUGGGGGCUGUGCCGCCGCGGUUGGUUUCCUGCAUCAGCUGUGGGGGUGUGUGUGCACAGCUCACACGUGUGCCUCUGUGUGUGUCUGUGCGCGCUCCGUGCGGGGUCACCCUGCCCGGCCAAGGGCUGCCCUCCCUUCUCCCCCGCCGCGGGCAAGGGAGCGCUGGGCCACCCUCCAAAAGGCGAGGGGCCCGGGCCGGGCUUUGGGUGCUGAGGAGGGGGGAUUCAGCGGGACUUUUUGGUGGUUUUUUUUUUUUUUUUUCUUUUGUCAACCAAACUCCCCGACAAAGCAGUGUUGGCAGCUUUUCAUUGCCACUCGGGUUUUCCAUCGGGUUUUGCGUUUGGAGCCAGCACGUGAUGUCUUCAGUAAAUAAACCCAAUUAAAUAUUUCUUGCGGCACCUCCGUCUUCUCCCUCCUCCCCUGCCUGCGCUCCCCUGGCAGCCUGUGUGCUCAGCUGUGAGGACCUUGGCCCUGCUACAU